AUGAGUUUUGGUAGUGAGGUUGAAGACAACGAUCUUCAGCGUCUUCGCUCCGAUAUUUCUUCUCUUCUCCAUCAGAUUGAUGGGCUUGUCGUGCAAGCCAUUGAAGUGAAUAAUCAUAAGAAGAAGAAUAGCAUAAACAAAGGGGGCAGAACGGAAAUUGAAUCUUUCUCCCGGAUUCUCUCUCACAUGCUUUCUUCUUUGAAGCCGUGGGUCCCGAAAUUUCAAAAGUUACUUCACCCUGAAGAGACAGAUUCAUACGAUGAUGAAAGCAGAGAGUGUGAGAGUCCUGAAGAGACAACCUUGAGUUUGGUGUCUCCUUCACCUCUUGUGUCAUGGCGUGCCAACUGCACUGUGGAGAGAGGUAGACAAAUGUUCAUGCUUACACCUCUUCCACUUUCAUCCAAACAUCACCAACAAUCUAAACAUCACUUCCCUCCCACCGCAUCAGCCACUACUUUCAUGGACAAUGGAAUAGUCAAACCAACCCCAAUUAAGCUCCAACUGCCAAACAACCAAGACAACGGAUCCAUGCUUCUUAUGAUGACCCCUUGCCUGAAAAUGUCCCCUCCCAAAUCCUGCCUUCUGCUCGAACCUAUAUCCGAAAUCAACCCUUUAGGUGAUCACAAGUUUCGCAAGGCCACUCCCUAUCCUGUUGGAAUUCGUUGCAGCGAUCCAGAAUCUUCUGGUCGUGAUGAUUCUUCGCCGGCUUUGUCCAUGAUGUAUCCGGAGCUCCUUGGGAUAUGCCGCGAUUCUAAGGCUGAAGUUGGGAAGAAAACUGUGGAAGCAUCGCCGGAUUGGUUCACCUCUCCUCCUAAAACUUGUGUUUUGCUGGAGCCACCUGAUGAUAAGAUUGAUGAUCGCUUGUGUGUACACACAACUGGCAACAUUCUUGAUCAACAAGUCGGCACUUUUAAAGAUAGUGAUGGCGCUGAUGUUCCCAAAGAUCAUAAUCAAGCCAAAAAAUCUCGUAACCAAGAUCAUUUUGUUGGGAGCUUAACACACGUAGAGAGCACUCCCAUGCCCGAAAGCUCAUUUCAAACUGGAAAACGACCUGGUGAAAAUACUUUGAAGAGGGAGUUAUGGACUAAGUUUGAGGCAGCAUCCACUUGGGGGUGUCAAAAAAGUGCCCACAAAGGGUUUCUUGACCUACUGGAAGAAGCUUCCUGUGACGAAUAG